AGAGGGAGGGAAUGAAAGAGACCACAAACAAAGAACGGAGACAGGGAAAGAACACAGGGAGGAGGGAGCGAGAUAAAGAGAGACAGAAUGACUCUGGGCAGACAAGAGGAACAGGGCUGCAGCUGGAAAGAAUGACAGCUCAAGAUCAAGAGGCUGAUAGAGUGAGAGUGAAGGAGGAGCCCACUAAGGAGGGAGGGAGGAGGAGGAGUCUUCAACAAGACGAAGAUAAAAAAAAAUGCUUUGGAGAGAGAAAGAUCUACAAACAGAACCCGUCCAAACACAGCCAUUACACUGGAGCAGCGUGUUGAGCGCAAGGAAUAUGGAUUGAAGUCAAGACAAGUUGGAAAUCUAUCUGGGAACAGGACACCCUAAUUAAACCGACAACCAAAGGAACAACUGCUAUUGCGAAGAGAGGGAGAGAAAGACAGACAGUGAGAGAGAGCAAGAGAAGAGAGAGUACAGGGCAGUGAACGAGUAAGGGAAAAAGAGUGGCUAGACAGAGGAGGGCAAAAGAAGAGAAUUAAUACCACCCACUGUGCCAAUACCACACACAGAGUAAAAUUGUUACGCACAUACACACAUUCAAAGACAGAAAACCUGCCUGUGCCACACACACAGUAUUUAUGUCUCACACAUUGGCUAUACCACACACACCGAAUUUCUCAAACAAGUUUGCAUGCAACAUAUGCAGUAAGUAUUCGACACGCUGAAAUCAAAACGUUUAUAUCAACAGAAACGGAGAGAAACAAAGAAGAUAAAGAGGCAUGGAGAGACAUUAAAUCGUCAUAUGGGUUGGUAUUACUACGCACAGAGUGACAUAGACAGACAAAACGCAACAUAGUGGCAUCACGGGGCCUCCACAGGAGCAGGAACUCUUCGAAAACUAACCUGAGGAACUAUACUGCCAACUUAACCCCCCAAAAUAAUUACCACAGAACUGAAGGCCGGUGAUUCUUCUAAACUUUGACUACAAUCCUAUUACCAUUAACCAGCAGCAAACCAGAGCAACUGUAUUGAGGAUCUAUCAUCUCCGUAGUAUGGGUGCCUAAGACAGGCGAGCUGAAGAGCUGUGUCCCUGGAAGGAGCACCACCAGCCCUCCAGCCCUUCCCCACCAUGCUGCCCUAUACGGCCCAAGGCAGGGGCACCUUGAGCAGGGUACGAGGGCUCCUGCUGCUGCCCCUCCUAAUGGUGCUGCUGGUGACUUUUUGUGCUGCACAGAGCGAAAAGAGUCAGGAGAACCAGGGAGAGAAUAACACUGGCAGUACGGAGAGCCCGGAGACUGUCUCCUCAGAUGUGGCCAUCGUCAGUCCUCGUAACUCCUGGCUCGUCUUCAGACACAACUCCAACAAAGGAGAGAACAAGAAGACCAAGCCCCCAAAGAGGGCAUCUAAGCAUGGUCUACCGGGCCCCCCCGGACCACCAGGCCCUCAAGGGCCACCUGGCCCCCCCGCCCCCCUGUUACCUCAGCAGGAAGAGCUGAUGCAGGAGUUCCAGCUACGACUGAGAGAGAUGGCUGGUGGACCCUGUCUGCUCUGUGAGCGACCUCCCCGUGUGGCCACCGCCUUCCACUGCCGCCUGCACCACCCCCUCACCGUGCCACGCCGCAGUCUGCUAGAGCUGCAGCCAUUCAGCAGUGUCUCAGACACUGAGCAGAGCCUCCAGAGGGGCCAGGGCUUCAACUCUAGCAGUGGCCGCUACACGGCUCCCGUCUCCGGGUUCUACCAACUCACCGCCAGCCUUCUCAUAGAGCCCAAUGAGAGGUCACAAGCCAGGAUGAAGGAUAGUGUGAAGGCUUCCAUCUGCAUUGAGUCCCUAUGCCAGAGCAAUGUGUCUCUGGAUUCGGUGACAGGGGUGGGUAGUUCAGGAGUCUUCAGCAUCUUACUGACAGGAACCCUUUACAUACAGGCGGGGGAGUAUGUGUCCAUUUUCGUCGACAACGGAACAGGCUCAGCACUCACAGUCCUCCAGGAUACUUUGUUUUCCGGGAUACUCCUGGGAGUGUGAACACAGUAAAACAAAUGAUACACACACACACCCAUAGACUGAAAUGAACAAACAUAUUAAACCACGUACAGUACCAGUCA